AUGGAUGAAGAAUACGUCAUAGCUGCUGUGGUGGCCGAAGAGAGGGAGUAUGGCGAGGGCGAGGGUGAAAAAAUGUAUUUGAAGAGGUUGCGAGACGGGUCUAACCCAUUUGACCGGUCCGAGCGGAAGUUCCGUAAAUUGUUUAGGCUGUCGCGGGCCAUGGGCCGUCACGUAGUGGACACUCUGUGUGAAGGCGAUGCGCUACGAGCGGGGACGGUGCCACCACAUUUAAAGGUCCUAAGUGCACUGAACUUUUUUGCCCAUGGCAGCUACCAGACUGCUGUGGGAGAAAUUAAUAUACUAGCUCAAAGUCAGCCAACAAUAAGCCGCAGUCUGGCAGAUGUGUGUCCUGUUAUUAUAGAAAGGUUGACCCCACAGUGGAUCAAAUUCCCAGUGACCAGACUGGAGAAAGACAGGGCAAUGCGGGAGUUCCAGGACAAUUUUGGAAUGCCAUAUACAUUGGGUGCGGUAGAUGGGAGUCACAUCCCUAUACACAAACCCCCAAAUAACCACCCUAUAGCCCCGGGUAAUAUUUUCUACAACAGAAAAGGGUUUUAUAGUAUAAAUUGUCAAGUGGUGUGCGAUGCCACAGGUCGGAUCACUAGCGUAAACCCUAACUUUCCGGGUUCAACCCAUGAUGCUGCUGUUUGGAGGAGCAGCAAUGUGCACCAGCACCUCGAAGGGCAGUAUCUUCAGAACCAAGCGAUGGAGUGGCUUCUUGGGGACAAAGGCUACCCACUUCUCCCGUGGCUGAUGACACCUCAUCCUGACCCAGUUGCCGAGUCACCAGAGGCAAGAUUUAAUAGGUGCCAUGCACAGGCGAGAGGGGUCAUAGAGAUGUGCUUUGGAGUAUUAAAAAACAAAUUUAGAUGCCUUCAUCGCCACCGAACGCUGCAUUACAGUCCAGAAAAAGCUGCCAAAAUUAUAAUAUCAUGCUGCACAAUUUAUAAUAUGAUUAAUGAAUUAGAAAUUAAUCAUGAUUCAGACAGCAGUGACGAUUCUGAGAGUGACGAAGACAUCACAGAUCUAAGUGAAGUAGAGGAGGAUGAUGAAGAACAGAAUGAUCCUGAAGAUCUCCCACAACAACCAGAGAAUGAUGUCAAUUUUUUUAAUGAAGCCCGUGGACGACGACGUCCCCCGGACCGCGUUGGCUUCACCAAAAAACCGUCUCCGCCACGCAACGACGCUGUGCCGCGCUCUGUGCUUUUCAAGCUUACAUCAUGA